CCCGUGUCCGCCAUCUACUUCCGGGAUUUAAAACGUCUUCCCGGAAGCCAGGCCGGCGUCCCCAUGACAACCGACGUUGGAUCUUCGAGGCCCUUGUCUUAGAGCAAGGGGAACAGCUCUGAUCCUGAGGAACCAGUGCUUCUCCCUCAGUGCUGGGGAGAAAGCCAGGAGCAGUUUUCUGGGUAACUGUGGAAUGUGCCCCGCUGGGCCCACCGGAGCGGCAGUAGGAUGCUCCAGACCGGUAACUACAGCCUGGUGCUCUCCCUGCAGUUCCUGCUGCUGUCCUAUGACCUCUUCGUCAAUUCCUUCUCGGAGCUACUCCGAAUGGCUCCUGUCGUCCAGUUGGUGCUCUUCAUCAUCCAGGAUAUCGCAAUCCUUUUCAACAUCAUCAUCAUUUUCCUCAUGUUCUUCAACACCUUCGUCUUCCAGGCUGGCUUGGUCAACCUCCUAUUCCAUAAGUUCAAAGGGACCAUCAUCCUCACAGCUGUGUACUUCGCCCUCAGCAUCUCCUUUCAUGUCUGGGUCAUGAACUUACGCUGGAAAAAUUCCAGCCGCUUUGUCUGGACAGACGGACUUCAAACGCUGUUUGUAUUCCAGAGAUUAGCGGCAGUGUUAUACUGUUACUUCUACAAACGGACAGCCGUGAGACUGGGCGAUCCUCGCUUCUACCAGGACUCGUUAUGGCUGCGCAGGGAGUUCACACAAGUCCGGAGGUGACCGCUUCUCGUCACGCUGAUGGAGGCCUUUCCUUCCUGACAGAUGCUACGCUUGUGGUCCUGUGGGGUGGGGGUUGGCCCUGUGCACAGGAAGCAGCUUGACUUUCCUAGGACAGGCUCAGGCACUUGUGUUCUGCAGUCAAGAAGGAAGAUCUUCCCUCUUGCAAGUUAAAGUGUUUCCCAAUACAGAUUUCAGUACACACCCCUCCCCGGCCUCCUACCUCAGGUCCCUUUUCCUUUUCUGCCCUCUGCUCCUCUUCCUCACGGAAGGCGGUGAGGCUUUAUCCUUGGCGAGCUAUCACUUAGCCUGGUCCAGGAGGGGCUCCUGGCACCUACCUUCUUUGCACCAAACACUAAUUAAUGACUGAAGGAUGCAAAGAGUGUCAUUUCUGAGCUCCUGACUGAUGACACCGUAGACCUGUAGAUUUUAUACCCAAGGCGCUUUUUUUUACAUUUUAUAAAUAGGAAAUAAAUUGAAUUCUUUUUCCAGAAA